GCACGAGUCACACUGAAGAGAGACUGGUGGAGUGCAGAGAGAAGAGGCUACUUGGGAUGUGAAGGUGCGUUUGUAUGUGGAAUGAAGCGUUUCUGAUUCGACGUUAGGAAAUGAUAUAGUACACUGUGAAAUAUAUAUUUGCAUCAUAUUCUUAAACUAAUCUGUUUGCAGUUCUGUAAUGUAUGGGCACAAUACUGUGAAAUUUGUGUGUGGAUAUUAGUGAGGUUUUAGUUUGCGAGUUGUGUUGCAAUAUUUUUGUGGACAAGUGUGCUGUCUUUAUCGAGUUGUAAUUCCAAAUGGUGGUCCUUGAAGGUGGAGGUAUGUUGACCACCGGAAGCAAUCAAUAUCUGCAGCCGGACUAUCUUUCACCGCUUCCAACUACGUUGGAUGCGAAGAAGAGUCCGUUAGCCUUGCUAGCUCAGACUUGUAGCCAGAUUGGAGCCGACACCCCCAACACUAAGCCGUUGAUCCCGCCGUUGGAGAAGCCGAAGAAGACGGCUGUUGUGAGCGACAGUACUGGUGGGACUCCGCCGACCGGUGCCGGGCACAAGGCGGACAAGAACCCGGUGGCGCGCGCCAGCCCGGCCGAGCCCGCACGAGGAGCGGGCGGCCUAGCUUUCAAACCGUACGAGACCAACGUACUGAGUAAGAAGUCCGAGGAUAAUCGCCCACCCUCCAAAGCCGGUAGUGUCCAUAAUUCAGAGGGCGGUGAAGAAAAAAAAUCGAACUCUGGGUCUCGUGCUCCGAGUCGCAAGUCGGUUUCACCUCCCACCAACAAUGGUGCCACCCCCGGACCUGGCGAAGCUGGUAAAACUGCCUCUGGGCCAUCCACAACCCCUGCCUCCACGACCGAACGUGGCAAAUCUGUCUCUCCUGCUGAUGGUGGCAACGAAGGAGCUAGUCCAAUAAUUAGAUCCGGUCUAGAAAUCCUUCAUGGACAUCCCAAGGAUGUUCCACUUGGAUCGUACAAGUCCGGAAGCGCCUUGUCCGGGGUUUCUGGUGGCCUCGGUGGUUCACUGGGUUCACUAUGUUCCGGAUGCCCUCCAGGUCUCGAACCGACGAACCCAGCUUUCCGACCACCGUUCGCCGGAGGUCCGUUUUCUCACCACCACGCAGCACUGCUCGCCGCUGGGUACCCAUCAACAGCACCGGGCCCGUACGUUCACUACGCCCGAGUUAAGACGGCUUCCGGAGGCGAGGCCCUUGUGCCUGUGUGCAAGGACCCCUACUGUACUGGGUGUCAGUACAACGCGCACCAACAGUUGCUGCUCGGCGGCUCCUCGGCGGCGCCCUGCCCCAGUGGAUGCACCCAGUGCGACCACCAAAAGUACGGUCUUGCGGCAGCAGCAGCUUUGUCGGGUCUCAUGCCUCCUGGACCCGUGCCACCCCCGCCCCCACUGUCUUACACUCAUCAGCUUGGUCGACCAUACGUGUGCAAUUGGAUUGCCGGCGACACGUACUGCGGCAAGAGGUUCACCACUUCGGAUGAGCUUCUGCAGCACCUGAGGACACAUACUAGUCUCGCCACUGCUGCAGACAGUGCCGCCGCUACCGCAGCAGCUGCCGCCGCCGCCGCUGCGUCAUCUGCCCCCAUGUCCUUGCUCAGCCACCACACGUUCCUGUCUUCGUCCGCCGCUCUGCACCGUGCUGCCGCUGGAUAUCCCAAUCCGCCCCUGAGUCCACUAUCUGCCGCCAGGUACCACCCCUAUUCCAAGCCGGGACUCCCAGCCUCCUUAGCAGCCUCGCCUUUCAGUGCAUUCAACCCUACCGCGUUAGGUCCCUACUACACUCCAUAUUCCAUCUAUGGGCAACGAAUUGGCGCUGCGGCAGUCCAUCCAUGAGUACCCACAACUGCACCGUGUGAAGGAUACGCCUGAGUCGUCAUAGUUUGUUUUUUUUAAUUCAGGAUGACCCGGAAGACAUUUUGUGAAAGUAUUUUUAAUCCUAAAGAAAAUAAUUGUCAUAUUUAAGUUUCAGAAAUCUCUCCGUGAAGAAAGCUUUAUUAUUAUUUCAGUCCAUAUAUAAUUUAUUAUGAGAAAUACCUUAAAUGUUGAAAUGUGUACGCGCUGUUUCAUGAAAUGUGAUUGGACUUUACAUCUGGGCGACAACGCUUUCCAUAAAUGAUGCUGUGAUAUUUCUUGAUUUAAUGUGCCGUGUUAGUAGUGUGAUCUGUUGAAAGGAUUCAUUACGAAUUAUUUAAAUAUAACGAAAGGCCUUCCAGCAAGUAAGAAAAGAACUUUUUAUGAAGAAGACAGACAUCCCAAACAAGUGCGUGCGUGCGUGCGGUAUAAAAAUGGCGUUGUCUCUUUCUUAUGGCUCUCUGAUAGUAAUAUUAUUUUGUGAGGAAAGUUGGCGUUACAUAUUUUUAAAGUGGAUUAUCUGUAUAUUAUCAUCAUCAUCUGUAGAACCGAUAUCCCAUUCACCAUGUUCAACCUGAACAACGAGCGAUUGACUGCAUAAAGUAGGUAGCCUAUGAGAGGUAUUGUACACAAAAUAUGACACUACAUUACAAACAAUACAGUCAUUUUUAGUAGCCCUUACUCUAUUUUCCAAGUGGAACAAUAUAAUAUAUAGCAUUUUACCCCAUUUUUUUAUUUCAGAAAAAUAUUGUCCAUCCCUUUUUUCUCUCUUGACAUAUCCAUGUAAAUAAAUGUAAAUAAUGUUGAGUUUCCAUAUUGCUUUAAUAAAAUGUUGUUUGUA